AAAUUGCCAAUAAGAAAUUUUUACAAAUUACAAAAAAAGAGAAAGAAAAUUUUUCAAAAAUCCUUUUUUACUUUGAUUUCAAUUGAUAUUUUAUUUCUUGAAUGUGCAUUUUUGUUUGAUUUUCCAAUAAUUAAAAAGUGUAAUUAAAUUCUUAUAAGAUAAAAUAAAAAUGCACUUUUAAUCUUACUUAUAUAAUACUGUAAAAAAACAGUGAAAACUCAUUUAAAAAAAACUUUUAAUUGUUGUUUUGUAUUUUGAUGUGAAUUGUAAUAAAAUAAAAAUAAAAAUAUAAAAAAAAUUAAAAAAAAAAAGGAAAAUAACGUAUAAAAUGAAAUUAUGUCAAACGCACGUGCAUUAAACUUGUUGAAAAGUCCAUAUAAGUAAUAAAAAAUGAAAAAUAUAAAAAAUAAACAACACUGAUAAAAAAUAAAACAGAAAAAAGAAUUAAACAAAAAUAAAGAAAACAGGUAACUAUUAAUUCCGUGUUUCAAAUAACCUAUGUAACAGCUAUAUAUAAACAACAGCUACAACUAGAAUAGAAAUGUGAAAACUGUCCAAUAAAUUUUAUUCUUAAUUUACAUUUUUUUUCAACAGAAAAUAUAAGUGACGAUCUUAUACGUUAAUAGCGGUAACAUGUUUAAUUUUGAAAUGCAAAAUAAUGAAAAUGUCCACAUUAAACGGUGAUAACAAAAUAAAAAUUUCAACACUACCAUCAUUAAUAUCUGCUUCAGAUGUUAAAACAUCAAAGCAAGAGAAUUAUCAAGAAAUAUCGACUUUAAAAUUUCCUAAGAAAAUCUUUAUAAAUGAACAGGAGAUAAAAUUAUUAUUAAACUCAUACGAUGGUGAUAAUUUUCAAUUAAAGCCAAUUGAAGUCAAAAAUAAAUUAGUAUUAUUGAACAAAGUAUUAUCAGAAAGGAAAAUACAACCAACAAAUAAAGAAACAACAGAUAAAUUAGUGGAUAAAAAUGCUUCUGUAAUUAUUUCUACUACAAAAAUUCCAUUAUCGAAUUUGAAUGUUGAUAAAGAAACAUUAUUGUCAUCAAUAAUAGCUAAUAAUAAUGAAUAUAAUUAUCUGGACACUCUAAAUUAUAAGAUAAGUCAAGAGUUACCAUAUAAAAUAGAAAAUUCAUCUAAUAAUCCGAUAAUUUAUGAUAAAUUCCAAACGACAACAAAAAAUUUAAAUAUUUUUAAAAAACUGGCAACUUUAAGUGGUUAUCAACAUUGUGGUAUUAAAAGAACUGAACAUUUUGAGGAAUUUAUGAAUGAUAAUAAUGAUGAAAGUCAUAAUGAUAUCAAGAGAAAAAGCUUUAAAAACAGUUAUGAAAAUGAACAACGAAAUUUGGAAAGUUUGCAUAAAAUACAUUAUAAAAAUAAUAAAGUUAAUAAUUAUUGUAAUAAACAUAAUAUCAAUGAUAAUAAUGAAAAUAACGAUUAUGAUUAUCAGGAAAAUAAUUUCGAAUCAAAUUAUAAAUAUAAAAGAAGAUCAAAUACAAUUGAUAAAUUAUUUUGCAUUGAAAUGUUAAAAAAACAAAUCAAUAAUAUUAACAAUAAUAAUAAUUUAAUUAAUUCAAAUUGUCAAUAUGACAUUAAACAAAAUAUUAUUAAAGAUAAUAUUAAAAAUAUUAAUAAUAAUAAUAGUGAUAAUAAUUUAAUAAUUAAUAAAAAUAAUUUAAAAGAAAAUUUCAAUUUGAAAAAAAUUAUUUUAAAUGUUAUUUUAUUAAUAAAGUUAUUUGUUAUUCUAAUUGUUGUUAAUAAUAAUAUUUUAAUUAGUAAAAUUUUUAAUAAUAUUAAAAAAUUUCGUUAUACUUACUGGAAUAUUAUAAUUAAAAAUUUAAAUUAUAAAAAUUGUAAUAAUAAUAAUUUAAAAAUAGUUAAAAUGAAAAGAAUCCACCGAUCUUCAAUACAAUCUCCACCACCACCACCACCAUAUUUAGGAUUAAUUAUAACAUUAACUAUAUUUAUUUUAAUAUUAGGAUGCGCUGAUGUUACUGAAGCUGGAGCUUGUUGGAUUAAAAGAUUGCAAAAUGGAAAAUGCAAAGAAAUUUUUUCUAGAAAUAUUACCAAAGAAGAAUGCUGUAAACCAGGCAAUGAUGAUUUUGCUUUUACAGACAAAGAAUUAUCUGAGGCUGAAUAUUUUUUAGCAACAGCUAUAGGUGAUGGAACAGCAUGUUCAUCAUGUAUAGAUUCAUGUGAUACGUUUAAGUGUAGUCCAGGUAAGAGAUGUGUUUUAAAAAAAGGUCGUCCAAAAUGUAUAUGUGCCCCAAUAUGUAAAGCAGCGUCCAAAGAGAAACGUAAAUUACGUCCACAUAUUAAAAAUUAUCAACAUUUAGAACAACAGCAUAUAAAUGAAUUUCAAUUGUUGCCAAAUGAACAACAGAAUCAAGAAUUAUCAUCUGUUAUUGCACUUCCAGCUGAAGCAUUAUUAGUACCAUCAUCGACAAGCCAAAAGAAUGAUAUACGAGUUAUUGAUGUUAGACAUCAUGAUAAAUUACAAUUAGUUAAUUAUGAUGAAAAUCUUUAUCAAAAACGUGAUAAACGUAUGGUAUUUUAUGGUAUUAAACGUGAAUAUGAUGAUAAAAAAUCAGCAUCACCGUCAUCAUCGACAUCAUCAGCAGCAACAUCAUCACAAUUCAAUGAAAAAUCAGAUAAAUUACAUCACCAACAACAAGCUACUAAUCACCAUCAUCAUCAUCAGAAUCAUCAUCACCACAAGAAUCACAAUAAUCAUCAUCAUCACCAUCAUCAUCAAAUUCAUCAUCAGGAUUCUUCAACAUAUUAUCCGUCCACAAAACAUGGUAAACAAUUACAAUCAUCUGAUUCUAAUAUUCAAACUGAUAAUCCUGAAUUUAUUGGUACUGAUAGUGCAUCAUAUGAUGGUGAUGGAAAUGAUGAUAAUACCGAUGAAGAAAUUAUUUUAAAUAGCAGCAGUAGUAUUAGUAGUAGCAUUAGCAGCACUUCUUCAAUUGAAUUAUUGCGAAACCAAAGAAGAUUUCAAACAACCAAAAAUAAUAAUAACAAUAGUAAAUUUAUUAAUUCUAACCAAGAAACCGAUGAUAAUUAUGAAAAUUUUCAUAAUAAUCACCAUCAUCAAUCUCAUCAACAUCAUCAUAAUAUUCACCAACAGCAACAACAUCAAAAAACAAAUAAUAAUCGACAUUACAAUCGUAAAAAUGUUGAUUUCAUACAAAAACUAAUACCAAAUGAUCAACAAUUAAAUUAUAAACAAAUGACACGUAAGAGUCAAAAUAUUAUUAUAAAAGCAAAUAUUAAUGAUGAUUAUGGUCAAGAUCAUUAUAGUCAAUUUAAAAUUAAUAGUAAUCAUAGUAAUAAAUUAGAUAAAUUAGAAAAAUCUAUUAUUAAUUCUGAUAAUAAUCAAAUUUUUAGUCGAAAUCCAAUAGACAAAUUCAUAGUUAAUAAUUAUAGUAGUAAUGAAUUUAAUAUGGAAAAUCAUAAUGAUAAUAACAAUAAUAACAAUAACAAUAGUAACAGUAAGAAAAGGAAUAAUAGAAAAAAUAUUAAAAAUAUUGAAAAUCAAUCAAAUGCUUCAAAUCAUCAUCGAUUAAUUAAAAAUCAAAUAAAGAAUAGGCAGCAAUAUCAAAGGCAAAAUAAUAAUAAUGAUAAUCCAUCACAAAUUUCUACAAAUAUGCCAAAAAAAUUUGAUGAUGUUAAUGAUGAUAUAUAUGAUAAUUUUCAUCAAUUUGAUAAUAAAGGUGAAUCAUCCCAACAAAGAUCCCAAUCAUCACAACAAGGAGAAGAUUUUAACAAUUUUGAUAAUAAAAAUAAUUCAAAUCGAACAUCAUUAUUAUCAAUACAAAUAACAAAAAAUGGUAAAAGACGUCAAAAUUCGCGUCAUCAUCAUCAUCAUCAAAAUCAACAGCAACAACAGCAACAACAACAGCAAGAACAAAACCAAAGAUAUCACCAUAAUUCAAAUAAACAAAUCAGAUUGCCGAACAACAAUAAUAGUAAUCAUUCCAAUAGUGGUAGUGGCAGCAAUAAUGAAUUUUACAACAAUCGGCAAUUUCAUGUAGUAGGCUCCUCAUCUCCUUCUUCACCUUUUGAUGCAUCAACAAUCAAUUCCAAUAACAAUUAUCAAAUUCAUAUAGGUGAAAUUAUUGGAUAUGGAUACAAUAAUCAUAAUAUUACAAAUCAAUAUCAUCAACAACAGCAACAACAAAAGCAACAAAGAAAACAUGGAUUAACAUUAGAUGAAAAAAUUCGUAAUAAUUAUUUUAGUAAUGGUUUUUCUUAUCCACAAAAUGGUGGUGAACAAAUGAUGCAAUACGUAAAUCCAGUAUGUGGUACUGAUGGACGAACGUAUCGCUCAGAAUGUCAAUUAAAGAAAAGAGCUUGCAGACAGGAUAGUACAACAUUGACUGUUGCAUAUCGUGGAUACUGUCAGACUUCUUGUAGAAAUGUUAAAUGUCAGAAUAAUCUGACAUGUGUUGAGGAUCAAUAUGGAUUACCACAUUGUAUUAAAUGCAGUAUUACAUGUCCAAAUGAAUCAGAUAACAUAAGUAAGGACAAAUCUACACAAGUUUGUGGUUAUGAUGGUCAAACAUAUGAUAGUGUAUGCCAUUUAAAUCGUCAAGUUUGUAUAACAGGAAGAUCAGUUGGUGUAGCAUACAAUGGACCAUGUAUCGUUGGAUCAACUUGUGAAACAGUAUCAUGUGGUCCAAAGAAAACUUGCCUAAAGGAUUUAGCAACUAAUCAGCCUAGAUGUGUAACAUGCAGUUUUAAAUGUCCAAGAAAAAAAUAUAAAAAUCAGCUGCAAAAUGAUAAAUAUGGUCAUAUGAAAAUAUGCGGCAAUAAUAAUCAUACUUAUCAUUCUUGGUGUCAUAUGAGACGAGAUUCAUGUAAUACAGAAUUAUAUAUUGACAUUAAGCAUAUUGGAGCUUGUCAUAGAGAUUCAUUUAUUCCAACUCAACCACCGGAUACACAAAAUCGAAUGAAGGCUCAAUGAUAUUCAAUUUCUGAUAAUGUAAAUAAUACAAUUAAAGAAUUAGUUAAUAAAUUUUUGUUUAUAGUUGAGAAAAUAUUUCGAAAAGUAUUAUUAUUUUUUUAUUAGUAAAUUAAUAAUAUAAAUUUUAUUUAAUUUAAUUAUAUAUAUAUAAAGAAAAUUUAAAAACAAAAUAAAUUAAAUUACAUUAACAUUUUAUUUAUAGUUUUAAAAUUACAAAAUCAAAAAAUAAGAAAACGAAAAAUAAUUGAUGCAAAUAUUCUUAAUUAAAAAAUAAAUAUUUUUUAGUAAAUGAGAUAUGCUCAGGCGGCAGCUCAAUGUAAAUUUUGUAAAUUUAUUAUGUUAUAGUUAAUGAAAAUUUAAAAGAAAAAAAAAGAGAGAAACAUAAUUUGAUUGAUCUAUUUUAUAUAAUAUUUAAUUAUUAUUAUUAUUAUUAUUAUUAAUUAGAUAAGUAUAAAUAUUAAAAAUUGUAUAGAAAGUUUAGUUUUAAAUAAUAUUUUAAUUUACUUUAAUAAAUUAUUAAUACAAAAUAUAAUUAAAAUUAUUAAUAAUAUUUAUUUUUAAAAUGAGUUUAAAAAUUAUAAAAAAAAAAUUUAAUUUAUAAAUAAUUGUUAAAAAAAUAAAAUUAAAUAACGAAGAGAAUGAAUUGUAAUUUUUUUUUUAAUUGUACUUGAAAAUGAUAAAAAAUUGAAGAAAAAUAUUUAGGAAAAAAUAAGGAAAGAAAAAAUUUUGAGGAAAAUUUCAAAAAAAUAUUUAUACAAAUAAAAAAAAAAUUAAUUUUGCAAAUAUUUGAAGCGAACUGAAACAAUGAAUCUGUAAUACAUAAAUGAAUCCAAAUAAAAUUAUAUUUAAAUAAAUUAAAAUAUAAAAACAAUAUUUAGAAAAUUGUAGAGAAAUAAUUAAUAAUUAUGAAUGUAUUCCAUAUUAUGACAUAAUACAACUUAUAAUUUUAAAUAAUGUUUAGAUGCUUUGCAAACAUCAUUUACAAAUAUCGAAUUUAUAUAUCAUGUAUGUAUGUGUUAUACAUCACAUGUGUGAACACAUUAAAUAAAAAAUUCACGGCCAAUCUAAAUAACGUCUAUGUUGUAAGAAUAUCAUAGCGCUGACAAAAACAAAUUUAAUAUAAAUUUCAAAUUUUGCAUAUUUAAUAAUUAUUUUUGAUUAUUUUCGAGUCUGCAUUAAU